UGGAAAUUUCAGUUGAAGGAUGAAGAGAGAUCGGGUGUGUUCUUGCCUUCGCGUGGACUGUGAGGGUCUGUGAGUCUCUGGACAUCUAUAACGCGCAUUUCACGCAGCAUUUCAGUCUCAGCGCAGGAACACGACAGGCUGAUGCUGAUGGGCUGGUUGGGCAUUUGGGCUUUGCCCGUCCUGUUCGGAUCUUCCCUAUGGCUGGCUUAUGGAGUCCGAGCCAGCACUGGAACCAGAACUACAAUAAAGGAGGUUCAAGAGGGACUUCAGCAGUUUGGAGGUGCUGAAAAUAAGGUCAAGAAAAAUGAGGGUCCAUGCAGGAGGACAUACUGUGGCCGGGGUCGGGAGUGUGUGUUCAGGGAGGUAACAGGCCGUGCAGAGUGUGUGUGCCAGGAAAGCUGCCACACUUCGUUUGUGCCUGUGUGUGGCUCUGACGGACGCUUUUAUGAGAACCACUGCGAGCUGUACCGCACCGCUUGCCUGCAGCGGAGGAGAAUCUAUGUGGUCCACAGCAAAGACUGCUUUUUCAAAGGUGAUACAUGCACCAUGGCAGAGUACAAUAAGCUGAAGGGCAUGCUACUGGACAUGCAACCCAGGACCUCCACGGAUGGGCAAGCAAAUGCCAUGGACCAGAGGAAGAUCCUGGUGGACACAAUGUUCAAGUAUAUAGACAGAAACCAGGAUGGUCGUCUGAGCAGUGAGGAGCUGGCAGAGAUUUACAUAAAGGAGCAUUUGGACAAUAUCUUACUGGAGUGCACCAUGCAAGACCUCCUGCGUUACGACGAUUACAACAACGAUGGUCACCUGACCCUUCAGGAGCUCUACACAGCCUUCCAGGUCAUUCAGCUCAGUCUAGCCGAAGACAAGCGUCUGAGCAUCACAACAGUGACCGUCGGCCUGAGCGCUGUGCUGUCCUGUGCCAUUCAGGGCACCCUGAGACCGCCCAUCAUCUGGAAGAGGAACGGCAUCAUCCUCAACUUCCUAGAUCUAGAGGAUAUAAAUGACUUUGGUGAUGACGGCUCGCUCUACAUUACUAAGGUGACUACGAUUCACAUGGGGAACUACAGCUGUCACGCGGACGGCUAUGAGGAGCUGUCCCAGACCCACGUGCUCCAGGUGAAUGUGCCUCCAGUAAUCCUGGUGUAUCCAGAGACUCAAGCCCAGGAACCCGGCGUCGCUGCCAGCCUGCGCUGCCAUGCAGAUGGUAUUCCAAACCCUAAACUCACCUGGCUGAAGAACGGCCUGGACCUGCAGCCGCACGGAUCCAAGCAGAUUUCACUUCUCGCGAAUGGCAGUGAGCUUCACAUCAGUAGUGUGCGUUAUGAAGACACUGGAGCUUAUACCUGCAUCGCUAGAAAUGAGGUCGGUGUGGAUGAAGACAUCUCAUCUCUGUUUGUGGAAGAUUCGGGACGCAAGACACUGGCCAACAUUCUCUGGAGGGAGGAAGGGCUCAGUGUGGGGAACAUGUUCUACGUGUUCUCCAGUGAAGGGAUCACCAUACUCCAGCCCGGCAACUGUGAGAUUCGCAGACGCAUCCCGCGGACACAGAGGAUUCUGGGUAGUUAUAACGAACUGUGUCCCAGAAGCACAGGUGUCUCUCAACAUGAGUGUGUAUGGGCGUCAGCGGUCAGCGUGAGGGACAAGUACGUGUACGUGUCUCAGCCGCUUCAGAACAGACUGCUGCUGAUCGACACACAGACGCAGAGAGUCGUGCAGGCUGUGGAAACGGACGCCAUGCCCGUCAAACUCUUCUACGACAAAUCUCACGAUCAGCUGUGGCUGCUGAGCUGGAGAGACCUGCUGAAGUCCCGCUCUACACUGCAGGUGAUCACUUCUGCCAGCGCGGUGGAGCAGCGUCAGAUCGUCCGUGCUCCGUUUGAAAGAGUGGAGGACUUCUACAUCCCUCCCACCAACCUCAUUAUCACCCACGUAAGGUUUGGCUUUGUCUACUUAAAAUCGGAGCCUGCGGUGCAUAAAAUCGACCUUGAGACCCUCCGCCUCAUCAAGACCAUCAGUCUGAAGAACUACAGCUGUAUUCCAGCCAGCAUGGCCUACACUCAUUUAAGCGGCUACUAUUUUAUCGAGUGCCAAGUCGAGGACCGUUCGGGUCCGAGCUCACAGCUUCUCAUCGACAGCGUAAGCGACGAGGUCAUUGGACCCAAUCCCAACAUCAACGGCCAGCCGUUCAUCUCUCCAGAUGGCCGCUUCAUCGUCUCUGUAGACAAGCGGCGCGGAAAGCUCCAAGUCCAGACCAUCUCCUUCAACGGCGAGCUGCGGACGAGUCACGAAGCGGACGUCUCGAUUCCCCUCGCAGACUUGGAGUUUCAGCCGUCCUUCACAGAGGCCAACCAGUACAUGAUCGUGGCCUCUUCGGCGCAGGGCUCCAAGCUGGUUUUCUCAGAUCUGGCAUCAGGAAGAACGAAAGCCCUCGAGAACGUCAAGGAUCCAAUUCCGGACACCAGCUGGCCAUGGGGAGACGCCAACAGGGUGGUGGUCUCCAGCGGGGUGUUUGGACGCUACUUGGUCACGUCGUCGGCCGAGUCCCUGUUCGUUCUGGACGGCAAACAGAGCAGCCCUCACUGUGAGGUGUCAGACGUCAAGAGAGGGAACACAGUGGUCUGGGUGGGCGAGGUAUGAGCGGCGUACCGCGGGCCGGUUCUGCAGAGGAUUGCGCCGGCCGACUCGGCCAAAGCUUGGGAAAUCCUUUAAGGGAUGCCAAUGGACUCGAUCCUAGUAGUGAGUUAAAAGAACACAUGCGGGUUUCUGUAUACUGUAGGUACACACACAUUCAAUGACAAGAAACCUUAAACAACAAGGGAAUGAACGUAGACACCCUUCAGUGCAACAGUGAACUAAUUUGAGUUUUUUUUGCACUUCCUUGUUAGCAGAAAUAGUGUUAGGCAGCAGGCCGGUUAGGUGAUGACUGAACUAUGCACAAUGCUUUUUAAAGUUUGAGUGAUUUUCUUUUUUUUCUCAGUGUGUUCACUAUAGUCACUGCAGGAAAUGUGUCCACAUCAGCAUCAUGUCUCAUUUUGUCAGUGUAGAAAACUGUGUUGUUUGCCUCAUCCCACUGUUUCCAGAAUUCAACAACUUUUUGUUUUACAGUAAUUAGUACAUCUCUUCAUAAUAAUAAACAUCUUACCAUUUUCCUUUUUGUAAUGAGGUGAGUACUUUUGUCGUCCUCAAAGAUCUCUAUGUGUGUGUUUGCAUUUUUGUGGAGCUACAUUUUGGGUACACAGUCAUCCCCAAAUGUUUGCUAAAGGGACAUCAUAUAGGACAAAUCCUACAAUACAUCUUUGUUUUUUUAUUUAAAUUAUUUCUUUUAGAAAUAGGAUUUGUGUUAGUGUGUGUUGUUCAGGUUUUCAUCAAAUGUCCCCAAAAGGAUAAAAACCCAUUGUGUGGAGCAGGAAAAUGGUUUAAUAAACCUACUACAUUAUGUCUUAAUGAAAAUGCCAAAAUGCAGAGGUUUGUGUAAAGGUUGGGGGAUAGAAAAUAUCAUUAGCUCAGUUUAAAAACAAUAAAAGUCAAUGGAAACGCCUGCAAUAAAAGAAAAAAAUGUGUGUGGAUCAGUUUUGCAUCAGUUCUAUCUGAGCACAAACUUUAGUUUUAUUAAAGUAAUCCUACAUUGAUGUAUUACAUUAAAAUGCGAAGCCUGAGAAUAGAAUAGCAAACAACAAUAAAAGAAAAGUAUAUUCUUGUUAAAUAAAAAUAGACGGGCAAUGGGUUCAACUGUGCUAAAAAAAAAAAAAAACGUAUCUAGAGCAUGAAAGGCAACAGAAAACCUUCAGUACAUUGGACACACAUGAACCAGAUUAGAGCACUGUUGCACUGAACAGACUAUUAUCACUACUGAGACAACCGCAAGCACAGCUUUAAAUCGUCCUGUUCGACACAAAAUGGCUUAACUGGUAUUUUGAAUGUGCUUUCAAACUCAGUCAGAUAUGCAUGACUACAAUAUUACUUUAGGAAGCCAGAUGGUUAGACCUCAAUGAACAUUAAACUGGACACAGAUCCGACCAAUUUAAGGCCCAAACAAAUCGAAUUAAACUCAGUGGGCUAACAACCGCUGAAUAAAUGUGCCCUGCAUACAGUUUAUUAACCAUAGAGCGAUUUGAGUUUGUGUCCUCUAUGUCUGGCUUUUAAAGGGAUAGUUCACCCAGAAAUUUAAAUUUGCUGUUAAUGUACUCAAACAUGUAGGUGACAUUUUUCCUCAGUAGAACAUUAUGAUUUUUAAUCGAAACCACAGUCCUUCAUGACUCAUAAAAUGCAAGUAAGCGGUUAAGAGUUAAAAAAUAAUUUAGGUGAAAAAGAUCAGUCUGUGCAAGAAACUGAACAUGUAGUCGCCUACAUCUUGGAUGGCCUGAGGAGGAGUACAUUAACAGCAAAUUUUCAUUUUGGGUUGAACCAGAAAGCUGAAUUUAUUCCCAGCCAUUGUGUACUCAAAGCAGUGUGAGUGGAGGAAAUUAAUUUAAAAAAAAUGUUGUGGGAGGAUUCUCCAUUAAAAGUUUCAAAAUCAUGUGACAUAAAUCUGUUGUUUGUUCAAGACUAAACUAGCUGCACACAUUUUGUACAAUAAUACAGUAUGUCCUGCACAUAAUAUGCCGUUAUUUUACAAUGUCUGCAUUAUGUGUGUGUGUGUGUGUGUGUGUGCCUGUAUUAUUUGUUCACAGUUCUUUUUAGCACUGAAAUGCCAGCCUGACUUUUGCCAAUGAGGCAGAAAUGAAGCAUCUUGUGCCUCAUUGAGUCACAUUUAAGUCCACAUCCAUUUUUCUUCAUUAUCCUCUUGUCCUCAGCCAGUUUCAGCCUGUUCUUGUGCUCGUCAUGUACAUUUGUUUUUUAGUGUGUUACAGACUUGUUCAACACCUUAAUCUCUGUUUAUGUGCAUCAUUAAAACACUUCUUAUUGUGUUUACCUGAACUGCUGGCAAAUUUGAGGCACAUGAAGUGCUGCGUUUGCAGUUGUUAAUCAACAGGUCAAGAACCAAAGGCUUUAUUUGUUUCAUUUUUAACACUUCAUUUAGAUUAGAUUUGUAUUUAUCUGAUUUAUUCCGAUAUUUUUCUUAACUGAGUUAAUUUUUAAAUGAUUAAUAGUAUAGCUCUCAUGAUGUUGGUGUAUUUGUUCUGACAUACACCCUCAUGCUGGCUUUUAUUGCCUAAUUCUGUAUAUGUGUAAGAUUUGUUUCUCCAGAAGUACAUUGUGUAUGGUGAAUAAAACCUGGUCCUUAAGUGUGUGAGUUAGCACCACUUAUUCUCAUUAAAUUCACAUGAAUAUUACACCAAAUGAUCUUUCAAACAUUUCCAUUUCAAUCAUGACAAAAUGCCAAGGGCCUAAACUCAUCAAUGAGAAAUGAUUACAUGUGUGUGUUUGUUUAUAUGAAAUCAUCUUUAACAGUCUUUAGCUGUCUUUGAGCUGGUUAAUCUAUAUCUCUAUGCAACACAUUUUUCAGCAUUAAGGCAAUAACUGUUGAAAUAUUGAUGUUUUUCAACGGAGUAAUUUUUUUUUUGAUGAUUGAUUGAUUGGUUUUGUUUUGUCUUGUAGUGUAGCUGACCACACCAACCAGCAAAGAUCUCGUCUAGUUCUCAGCUUGUCUAGUGGUCAAGCAGCACCAUGUUCUGUUAAUUUGUGUGUGUGUGUGUGUUAUGUACUUUUAAUUUAAUACAUCGUAAAAUUGUGAAAUGUUACACUUUUCAAAAUAUAGUGGCUUUACUUAAUUCACAGAUGUGCUUCAUGGGAUGUAGAACACAGUCUACUAAAAUUAUUAUGACCAUGAAAUUUCAACUAAGUAUCUGUUAACCUGUAACAAACAUAAAAAAAAAUAAAAAUAAAAAUUAUCCAACAGAUUCCUGAGAUCCGGAUACAGCCAAGUGAUUUAUUAGCAAUGGUUGUAUAGAUACCUUUAUUGUAUAAUGUAAAUAUAGUGUUGCCUGGGAUAUGUAUAUUUCUUCCAGUUUUACAAUAAAAGAUGA